AUGUCCACCCAGAUCGAGGCUAGGUCUCUGGCCUCGCUCAACUACCUAGCGGCCAAUCCGCCGCAAUACCCUCACAAUCCAGCCGGCGAACGUCAAGAUCCCUUGACUCUCUACAUCUCCCGCGUCCCAGGCACGCGAGACAUCAUCCUCACAACCGCCAAACCUCACCCCAAAAACGUCACCAGCGAAGAUGUCGCCAACUCCUUCUACUACAUCCACCUAGAACUCCCCGGCGAGGGCAACCGCCCCUACGAGCCGGGCGCCCUGCAAGCCCACCUCCGCAACAACCCGGACACCCCCAGGUCGAGCAUGGACAGCACCCGCAGCGGCAACCAGAUCCGGAGGAAGCCCCUGCCCGCCGGCGCCAAGGUCCCCUCGCCGCCCGCCGACCCCGCCCGGUCCUACCCCCUACCCGGCUCCCACCCGGCCGCCGGCGGCUACGGCAACGGCUACGUCCACGACCCGGACUCCGAGCUGCGGCCGGACCUGCCUCCGAGACCCCUGUCCUACUCGCCCCCGGCGCCGGUCCGCAAACCCGUCGGCCCCCGUGCCAUCCCGACCCCGGCCCCCGACUACCACCAGCACCAGCACCACCACGAAGCCCCUCACACCCCGGACGCUCGUCGAACAUCACCGGGAGCCUCGCCGCAGCGCAUACCGCAGGAAGACCGCCGCUCCCGGUCCCGCGCGCCGACGACAACAUCCCAACUCCGCCAGCUCUCGCGGUCCCCCUCGCCCAACCGCUUCCACAACACCACCGCCGUCCCCUUCACCCUCUCCCUCAUCCGCCGCGACCCGAGCACGGGCAACCAGUGGAACAUCGGCCGCGUCUCGUCCCACCAGCUCGAAGACUCGGGCGAGGAGUACGAGUACUUCUCCUUCGACUCGGCGGGUCUCUCCGCCCACGACCGCCGCCGCGCCAACGCGCCCCAGCCCCCCAUCAGCAUCCGCCUCGAGUCCUCGGGCUACGCAAAGUUCAGACACAUGCCCCUCCGCCAGAGCCUCGACAUGCCCCGGACGUCGACCUCCUCGAUCCCCUUCGCCAACUCGGAAGACGCCAUGAACUGGCACCAGCAGCAGCAGCAACAGCAGACGCUGCAGCACCCGGUGGAGGGCGGCUUCAACAGACAGGUCGUGAUGGCGUACACCAAGUCGUGGACGACCAACAUCCGCGAAAAGUUCAACUCGCGCUCGCGGUCCGGCAGCAUCGACGAUCCUCAACCGCCGGGGCCGGCCUACGGCACCUCCCCCGCGCGCUCCAAGCGCCACUCGCGCCAGCUGAGCGCGCACUCGACGGGCUCCGCGUCGUCCAACGGCAGCGACUCGGGCCCGAUCAUCACGCAGCCCGGCCACGGCCUCCGUCCGCGCGGCUACGUCUUCGUAUCGCCCUGGGACGGCCGCUGCGAGUUCCGCACGGGCAACGCGGGGCGCAGCGUCAAGUGCAGACACGUGCUGCCGCACGCCGGCGGUCUGAGCAACCCGCUCGCGCCGUCGGGGUCGUCGUCCAGCUCGGCGCCCGUGAGCGAGCUGCGGUUCAACCUGCCGACGACGGAGCUGUUCAAGCAGGAGGGCAAGCGGGAGCAGCUCAGCGGGCACUUCAGCAAGCUGCUCAACAUCGGCAACCGGCCUGCUGGCGAGUACAGCGACGAGGACGACAUCCCCAGCCCGUUCGACCUGAGGCUCGGUAGGGAGAAGGCGGGCGGUGGUAACCGCGGGAAGAGGGCGAAGCUCGGCAAGCUCAUCAUUUACCCCGAGGGCCUGAAGAUGCUGGACCUGGUGAUAGCUGCGAACAUGGGAGUCUGGUGGGGAGCUUGGGAGAAGAGCUUCUAG